AUGGAUUUCACAAGACCGCUGCAGAAACAGAGGAGGACGUUUACGCAACGGCAUCGUUUUGAGGUGAAGAAUCUACUGGGUGAUCCCUUUGCGAUCUCGACGACGUCCAUUGCUUUGAUCUCUUGGAUCAUCACGAUUGGUGGGUCCAUCGCGGUCGCUUCCGAUAACGAACCGUUCCCCAGGUUCACAUGGUGGGGGAUAGGGUUUGAGUUCUUCCUGAUAUGUUUGAUUUCUGUGUUCUACUGCUACAAUGUAGUCGAUUACUACAGGAUCUUCCUGUGCGGGUCACUCUCCGUCGCGUUCGUCUACACCACAAACAGUGCUACUAACCUGGUGUAUAGUGACGGUUCAAGAAAGGCCGCUGCGUCCGCUGGGGUAGUCCUACUGUCCAUUGUGAACUUCAUCUGGCUGUUCUAUUUUGGCGGCGAUAAUGCGUCCCCCUUCAACAGGUGGAUCGAUUCGUUCUCCCUGCACGGUAUACGGCCAUCACCUUACGAGCAUUCGACUCUGAGAGCCCGUAGGAGGUCGAGUAAACCGCUCGCUAGUACGCCAAGACCGGUGACCAGGUACACCACGGAAACAAACCAAGAUCAGCAACCGUUCCACGACGGGUCCUACCAGGGGAACAAUUACAUGUCCUCCACCGCGCUGAGUGGGUUUGAGAACACAGAACCGCAGUUCAAUCCAGGUACUCAGUACGACACAAUAAACACGCACCACAUGCCGCAAGUCGACGAAGCCACUGGGGCACGCGCAAGGGGCACGUAUCUCACGAAUGAGAACACAGAUACCACUAUGAGUGGGACCCUUGGGCUGUACAGCGAGCUCGGGGAUGAGGAGAACUUCAUGUACACGGCAAAGGCACUGUACUCCUACGAUGCGGACAGUAACGACCAGUACGAGGUAUCGUUUGAACAGGGGGAGAUCCUGAAAGUCAGCGACAUUGAGGGCAGGUGGUGGAAGGCUAGGAGAGCCAAUGGUGAGACAGGUAUAAUUCCAAGUAAUUACGUAGAGUUGAUCGAGUCAUAA